UUCAGCUCUCUCUCUCUCUGCUUGUUUCUUUUUAGCUCUGAAAAAACAAAAGUUGUCUCUUGGGUUGGUGCCAAAUCGAGAAGAAACCAUCAGGGUAUAGAGCGGGGAUUAUGGGUUUCACACACUACACAUAGAUCUACGGCCAUGGAGGAACCUUAGGAUAUUCAAGAAUUUCUUACCUGCGAAGAAGAUGAUGAAAGGUUUGAUGUUCCAACAACAGAUACAGCAGCCAGUUGUGGAGGAAAACAUGUCUAAUUUGACUUCUGCGUCAGGUGAGGCAAGUGUUUCACCAGGAAACAGAACCGAGAUAGGGACAAACUAUUCUCAACAACACUUUGCUCCAACGCCACCCCAAACUCAACCAGUGAAGAAAAAGAGAAACCUUCCAGGCAACCCAGACCCAGAUGCUGAAGUGAUAGCUUUGUCUCCCAAGACUCUCAUGGCAACAAAUAGAUUUAUUUGUGAGAUCUGUAACAAAGGGUUUCAGAGGGAUCAGAAUCUUCAACUUCAUCGAAGAGGGCAUAAUUUGCCAUGGAAGCUAAAGCAAAGAACAAGUAAAGAGGUAAAGAAGAAGGUGUACGUGUGCCCAGAACCUAGUUGCGUGCACCAUGACCCAUCAAGGGCUCUUGGGGACUUGACUGGGAUCAAGAAACACUUCUGCAGAAAGCACGGUGAGAAGAAAUGGAAAUGUGACAAGUGCGCAAAGAAGUAUGCAGUUCAAUCAGAUUGGAAAGCUCACUCCAAGACCUGUGGCACCAGGGAGUACAGAUGUGACUGUGGAACCCUUUUCUCAAGGAGGGAUAGUUUCAUCACCCACAGAGCUUUCUGUGAUGCAUUGGCAGAGGAGAGUGCAAGAGCCAUCACAACAAACCAACUUCUGUCCUCUCAAGCUGGCCCCUCAGCGUCUCACAUAAACCAGCUCCCACCCCGAUACAAUCCCCAAGACCUCCACGCAUUUUCAUUGAAGAAAGAGCAACAAAGCUUCAGUCUAAGGCCAGAGAUACCACCAUGGCUAGCUUCUCCUGGCCCAGCACCUAUGGAUAUCACCUCCUCAUCUUCAUUCUUCUCGACGAGAUCAGAUUAUCAAGAAUUCACACAGUCCCACCAAGAUUUAGCCCUCCAUGAAACACCACCAAACCCUAACCCUAGUCUCGGCCCCACUCUCCCUCCCUACCAGCCAGCAUCCUCUCCACAUAUGUCAGCCACUGCAUUGUUGCAGAAGGCAGCACAGAUGGGCGCAACGGUGAGCAACAAUACUGGCUCAUCACUAACCAUGAUGCAGAGGCCCACCCAACAAGUUCACGUGCCUGCAGCUGCUGAUUCUCGCAGCAAUACAACUGGGAAAUUUGGCUCGAAUUUGUCCUCACGUGAAGAGAUGGCCACUGGGUUUGUUCAUGGUCAGGCUUCUUUUGAGUAUAAAGCUGCAGGCCCUUCUGCCAGUACUGCAGCGGCCACAGGAGCAAGUACUGGUGCUGCCUCAGGUGUUCCACCUUCCCAGCUUCUUCAUGACAUGGUGGGCUCUCUCUCUUCUACUGCUGGGUUUGAAGGAACUUCUUUUGAGGAUGCCUUUGGUGGGAUCUUGAAUUCAAAGAAAGACGGUAAUUCGCACGACACGCUCUCAAAAACAUUCACCACCAGCAGCCAUCUUGGUAGGGCUCAUGAAAGUGGUGGUAAUGGUGGUGGUGGUGGUGGUGGUGGUGGUGAAGGUUUGACUAGAGAUUUUUUGGGUCUUAGAGCUCUCUCUCAUAGUGACAUUCUCAGUAUUGCUGGUCUUGGGAAUUGCAUGAACACUUCUAAUGAGCAUCAUACGCAAUCCCAAAAACCUUGGCAAGGGUACUGGCUUUUUGUCUGGCAGAGAUGGAAAAACAAACAUUAUAUGGUGGUACCUCCAAAAGCUGGUGAUCAAAGCUGAGCGUUGUCAGGGAUAUAUGAAUAUCGAUCGAUGAUCAAUGGCUGGCUAGCUGUACGUUGUGGUAGUAGUAGUACUAGUACUGCUGCUGCUAUGAAGGAACGAGUAGUUGACUUGUCAUUGAAUAAACAUGCAUAUAUGCUGCCUCAGCUCUCCUUCCUUUUUAUAUGCAUGUGUUAAUUAUAAUAAUGCCACCUUUAUAUAUAUUUGACAUUAAAG